AUGACCCACAACGAGACCAACAAACGCAAGUACCCGCUACCGGCCGAAGCGGUCAUAGUAUUGCCCUAUCAUUACAACGAAAUCCACGCGCGUAUAGACGCGCAGUCCAGGCAGUGGCUCCUGGAGUCCAGUUUGUUUACGCCGGAGCAGUACAACCGGUUGGCCGACACCGGGCUAUACACCGCUUAUUUCUACCCAUUCAUUACGGAUGAUGACAGGUACGAUGUGCUGAACCGACAAAUGAUAAACUUUUUUAUCAUCGAUGACCAAUUGGAGACCCCGUACGGCGAUAUUGACCGACAGGCGGCCAAAGCGAGUCCCAUACUCGACCAGCUCUAUCAGGUGUACGAUAAACUGUUGGCCGGCCCACAGGGCGCGCACGUGCCCGCACACCACUGGAAGCCCUACGUGUUGGGCAGUUACGCCAUUCAGGAUCACAUUUUCAGCGCUAUCAAUGAUGUGCAGCGCCGGCGCUUUAUUCAACUCUGGACCGAAUGGACCGACUCUAUGAUGACUGAAUGCGUCGAAUUGAAUAAUAAAAAGCAACACGACGAUCUAGAUGAAUUCUACGAG